UGCAACCGGCGUUGAGUGCAACGUCGCCAUUUUCUCUUGGAACAUGGAGGGAUUGCAUUAUUUCUUGAUUCUAAAGUUUGAUUGGUUUACAGUAUUCCAAGCCCCUAGCCGCCUUCAUCGGUCGAUUCGAACUUAAGCGAGGAGGCUGUCCAUGUACCUUCAUUGUUCGAUUGUCUUGCUUGGGCCUUGUGGCAUACACUGUGGCCCAAAUUUGUAUAAUUAUAAAUACAUGACUGCCACUAACGGCAAACCUGCCUUUCAAUCCAAACUUGCACCAUGUUGAACGAAACAACUGAUACUUCUCUUUCACCUUUACUAGACGGCCGUACAAGAUAUGUCGGCCAGCAAUGGCUCAGAGACCCUAAUGGACCUCUAAUAUCCAAGCCUCCACCCUGUGGCGUCCGUACACCUAACGGGAUCAUAUGGGGCCACGACCUCAAGGAUUUCAUGUGGAUCCAGCGCAUUCCCAACGCCGAUAUAUUCACCAUAUGGUCUCGCAGUAUGGUCAAAGAAUUUGGGGAAAACUACGUUGCGGACGAGUGGGAACACGAGGACGAACGACAGCUUCCUCGAUGCCGUUUCCCUUGGCCCGUGUUGAAGCUACCCAAAAAGAUAAUGGAUCUAGGACUGCAUGGCACUCGAAUUGGAAUCAUCGACGAAGGAUGCGACAAACAUCGUCACCCUGAUUAUGUUCCCAAAUACCGCCAGGAUGUUAACGAAUAUUCUGCUUCCAUAUCUGAGCCCUCGAGUGCGCAGCGCAAUCCAGCGGUCGAUGCCGUCAGACAACGCCUUUUCCCAAUGAUGGUCGAUUCCGAGAAGGUUUUCGUUGCGAAUGACGAGAAAAACCCUCUCAUCUCGUCUCUUGGCUUCCCUUACACGCUGCUCUGGGCGCCUGAAAUUCGAGAAAGUAUUGCUCUUGUUCGAGGAUCAGUCCGCAACAACACACCUCUGAAUGUGCUCUAUGACACCUCUGGAUUUCCUAUGGGAAUGGCAGUGGGCCAACCAGUCCUCUCCGAAUAUGACGACGUUGGGCUUAUUCUAGAUGCGGUCGGUGUUGUGGAGUUGCCACAUUCUUCCAAAGGAUCUACCAUGGAGAAUACAGAGGAUGCAGACAUUGAGGGCGAAACUGAAUGUUCGGCUCCCUUGGCUGAUCACCCUGCCGACGAUCUUUCGGCCCUUUGCGCUAACUCUACUUUUUCGCGCGUUCCGACUACUGACAGUUUCCCAGAUGUACCUAUUCCGUCUGCCGGUGAGGCUCCUAUGGAAGUUGACGCGUUAGACGAGACGGCACACAGCGGUGGACAUGAAGUGACAACAUCGUCCGAUGUCGAUGUGCCUGUCGAAGCACAACCUCCAUCCGAGGUUUCCACGACCGGUACUCUAGAGUUGCCUCAAGCCGAGGCACCACAGAAUACAGAGAGUCCCGAAGACGGCUCUGCUACAGCUACUCUGGCAAAAGUCGACCUGGAUUCGAACCCGAAUGAUCUGACCCCAUUCUCUGAGAUGAUAGAUCUAUUCUCUUCACGCCCUGUAGACGUUCCUCGACCCAUCGAUUCAGGAGACGCUAAUUCUGACAACUCUCAGCCGUGGCUUAUAAUAUCUGACAAAGUCUCUCAGUCAGCUACUGGUGGGAUUCCUUCUACAGAGAACUCAAACGAGAGCUCCGUCUUACACAUGCAGGUAGACUCUUCUGAAGCGCCCUCCGACGGAGAUACUGUAUUGACACGUAACGCUGACGCUGCCGCGGCAAACCCGCAGACUACCCUUCAGCAAACUUCCGCAGGAGUAUCAGAGACGCCACCUACUUCUAACGACAAUGUCCCAGCCUCAGCCUCGACGGCGGAAGAAUACCCUCCAGCGAGUCGCAAGCCACCGUAUGACUCUCCUUACUCUGUUAAGGAUAUCCCCAAACUCGAAGAGUUCAUCCCGACUGCUUUCUUCCCUGAUAUUCUCAUCGUGCAUGACCCCCACCAUGUCACGCUCGAUUGCAAAAACUCAGAUGCUCAUGAACGUGGCAUGGACGACAACGACGUGCCAUUUGAACGUACCAAGAGGUAUGUCCGCAUGUUACCAAAAUUACCUGGCGAAGCAAGGGCAGAAAAUCCUGUAACGAAGAAACCGGAAGACUCUCCCCGUGUGGCACACCUUUAUUUACACAAACAGAACACUCUGGGCGCAGGCCACCAUUCUGAUGUAUACCGUGCUCCUCUGACCCUUCCGCCACCUCUUUCUGCUCAUUCGCGCAAUGGCAAUGUGGUGGUUGCUGCCAAGACCUCUUUAGCCCGUCGCUCCGCCCGUGAGCUUCUUCAGAAUGAGGGUCUCAUUUAUAGCAAAUUCCCAAAGCACCUCAUGGAGGAUUGGUGUGGGUACAAUAUCGUUGCACCUAUCAAACACCCGGUGCCUGUUGGGCCUGUGGUUCCAAAGUUCUAUGGAUAUUACUUACCAGAGGGUGUCAGCUCGAGUGGAGCUCUGGAUAAUUCUACAGCUAGUCCCAUUCUCCUGCUCGAAGAAUGCGGAGAGCCUGUACAGCCGUCAAAGUUUACACUAGAUGAUAGAUCGGAAUGUUACUCACUUAUGCUUCGUCUCCAUCUCGCCAACUUCGUACAGGGUUCUUCCUACGUUCGCAAUAUCGUGGUUCAGCCUGGUCCUCUUACCGCUCCGCCCGAGAAACGCUCUAAGAAGACCCCUAGCUUCCGCAUUAUCGACUUUGGUCGUGGGGAUACGUGGGCCACGUUCGUCGGAACGAACCCUGACCAGGAAAGAAAGGAAAGGAAGGUUCGCGAGUGGUGGACAUAUAUUAAUGACGAAGAUAAGAAGGCACAGGACGAGUUACGAGUCGAGGAGUUUGUUUUCUGAGCGUCGCUCUGACGAUUGAUUUCACCAAAGUGAAAUUAUUACUUUUUUUUCUUCUCAAUGUCUUCUGCGUUACUAUCACUAUGUUACAUAUUUCUGUAUGUCCAAUUUACCCCGGCAGUCUCGGGGACUUUCCAAUGCUGAGGCUGU